AUGCGUUGCACAUACCCUCCCGCGGCGCAACUGCCUUGUGGUGGAGGAUUAUGUGGGACUCAGUACUGUACAUACCCACGAAAACCCCACGGCAUCAUCAGCAAUCGCCCGAAGCAAGACACGGUAACAACGCAUGCUUGUUCGCAUCCCGCCCCGCGAUCAGCCGUCGAAAUCACGGCCCCCGAUGGCCAUAAAUUAUGUGGGGUGGACCUGGGCACAGCAAGUGCCAUACUCACAUCGGCAUAUACACUCUGGCUUGUAGAGCUGGGGAAAGGUCGGGUGCAAUGCUUGCACGGAUGCGUCAGCUUCCCUUCUUUUGGACGCAUCCUUGUGCAUUUGGGACGGCGACGCGGAUCAGCUGUGGGGUCGACCACCCUGGCCCUCUCCGCCUAUUCUUUAGGGAUGAAGUCCCAGAUGAUCAUUCUUACAAAAAUACUUCACUUGUCUUCAAUCAUACGUUCAUUUUCCUGGAUCAAUUCAUUUUUAAUUAUUAAUGAUUAG